AGCAAGCAGAAACCUACCGAACCUUCUACUCUCCAGCGUGCCGAACGUGGCGACCGAUUCCCCAUCCCGAACUCGGCGGGCUUCUACCCCUCCAUUUCACUAUAAAAAUACGAUGCAUAGAGAACUCAGCUCAGCUUUACUUCUGUAGCCAUCACACCACUGCAGACCUCCAUGGGCGAAGCCAACCCUCUUCUCCACUUUCUCUUCGUCUCUUUCCCAGGUCAAGGCCACGUCAACCCCCUCCUCCGCCUCGCCAAGCGCGUCGCCGCUAAAGGCCUCCUUGUCACCUUCACCACCACAAUCGAAUUCGGCUCACGCAUCCGCGCCGCCUCCCAACUCAUCUUCCCCACCGAAUCCGACUCGGACCUCAUCCCCGUCGGUCUCGGCUUCCUCCGGUUUGAAUUUUUCAACGAUGGCGCCGAUCCCAAAAACUCCAUUAAAGAUCUCUCGUACCUUAUGACAAACCUCGAGACCAACGGCCCCUCUGCCCUAGUCGAUCUCAUUCGCCGUCAAUCCGCCGCCGGCCGCCCUGUAUCUUGCCUCGUCAACAAUCCCUUCAUCCCUUGGGCCCUCGAUGUCGCCGCUGAACUUUCCAUCCCCAGCGCCGUUCUAUGGAUCCAAUCCUGCGCCGUCUUCUCCAUUUACUACCAUUUUCACCAUCGUCUGGCCAAUUUCCCCACAGAUAAAACCCUCAAAACCCUAGUCCAACUCCCAGGCAUCCCACCCAUAGCUCCCGACGAGCUCCCCACUUUCAUCCUACAAUCCAACCCUUACAAGUCCUUAACAGAGGCCAUCCUCGCUCAGUUCCACAACAUCUCCAAGGCCCGGUGGAUCUUCUCCAACUCAUUCGAUGAGCUCGAGCACGAAACCCUAACUGUCUUCGCAGAAAUUUCCCCCAUCAUUCCGAUAGGGCCCUUAGUCGACGUUGGCGAGGAGCUCGAGCAGGAGGAGAUUAAAGCCGAUUUAUGGAAAUCUGCGGAUCACUGUCUCGACUGGCUCGCUACUCAGGAGACCAAUUCGGUGGUCUACGUCUCCCUCGGAAGCGUCGUCAUGCUUCCCGCAAACGAGAUGGCGGAAUUCGCCUACGGGCUCAGAAAUUCCGGUCGGCCCUUUUUGUGGGUGGUGAGAGAGGAUGUCCGGGGGCUUCUGCCGGAGGGCUUCGAAAAGGCAAUGGACGUGGAGGGGAAGGCCAUGAUUGUGGGCUGGAGCCCGCAGCAAAAGGUAUUGGCCAGCAAAGCUGUCGGCUGCUUCGUCACCCACUGUGGAUGGAAUUCAUCCCUCGAAGCCAUCACCGCCGGCGUGCCGAUUGUCGCCUACCCCCAGUGGGGCGAUCAGGUAACCAACGCCAAGUUCCUCUGCGACGUCUACGGAAUCGGCGUGAGGCUGACGGCGCCGGCGACGAGAGAGACGGUGGAGAAUUGCGUGGCGGUGGCUGUUGACGGCGAGGAGGCGGCGCGGAUGAGGAACAAGGCGGAGACAAUGAGGGAGAUGGCAAGGAAGGCUAUCGCCGUUAAUGGGUCGUCGGAUCGAAGCAUCGAGAUAUUUAUCGACGAUGUUCGGAAACGGGUGGCCGGCGAUGGCCAGAGCUCGGUUGAUUGAUACAUUACUAGGCCGCAGAAGAAAAAUUGGUGGGUGUAGUUUAUUUUAUUUUCUUAUACAUUUACUUAUCUUGCACAUAUAUUUUAAUUUUUAUAA